AUGUCCGAAUCGGCGCGCAAGAAGCAGCGCCCGUCGCCCGACCGCGCGCCCAUUGCGACACCCGAUGCGCGCAUAGAGCCCAAAAGACACCACUUCUUCGCACCCCAGGCACAGGCAGGACGCCACGCGGAGGACCAGCAACUCGACCACUACCAUCGCGACGAGUGGCGCCGACCACCCCACAUGCGAUUCGAGCCCUCCGAGAACGAGCCAAUGCCGCAAGAACACCAGGAAACAAUCGGAGACGAAGUGGGCGGAGCACUCGCCCGGGAUACUAAGCCAGUCGAACCCUCGCCUCAAGCAGACCGACGCCGGACACGACAUUCAGCCCUCGAUCUCCCCGAUGUUGAAGAUGGCCCGGAUCCUGCUGCUCCACGCCUUAGUAUGGCAAUCGACGACAUGUACGACGAUGAUAGCUAUCAUGAGCAUCCGCCUCGGCAAUCCUUUUUGCCAGACCUGCCAGACGACGUGGAUGGUGGAACAGUGCAGUCCCUCGAGUUUGGAAGAAGAGCCAUCAGCGAAGACCCACGGUUCAUGUAUCCGGGCAGGAUUAGUGAGCGAUUUGCGGACCUGAGUGAGCUGGGCGCGGUGGAGGAAGAGUUCGAGAUUGAUGGAACAUUCAUCAAUCGACGCGACGGCUUGCUCGAUCAAACCAUAAAUGAAGCCUUGGAUGAGGAUGAUACAACGACUCAGAUCCGUGCUCUUACAGGAAGACGGGAUGGGCGCCCAAGUGAUGUGGAUCUUGGAGUGUUUGGGGAUGCAGAGGAUGAUAACGACGAGCCAACGUUCAGAUUCAACAUUCCAGAGCGCAUACGGGCGCCACAACGAGAGGAGCCUACAGAGGAGCAAGAUUUCGAGGAUGCUCUUGAGGACGCACUACCAACAUUUGCCAACGAUGACGAGGAGCUGCUUCAACCGGAAGGCGAUGAGCAGGAUGAAGUCACGGCAGCGUUGAACGGAGAUGUAACCUCAGAACCUCCAGGCAUACAAGGCUGGGAGUCUGAACCUGGUCUUAACGAUGCCGACCUUGCCCAAUACCGUGAGGAAGAGUCGGCCAUGGACCGAAGCCUCCAGACGCAAUCACCUGAGCGCCCUGCCGCUGCAAAACAAGCAAACGUUCGGAAAGCCAAGGAGCUCAGAAUCUCGCAGCGUGGUUUAGAGUACCCCUCCUUCCCAGCUGCUUCAGUGAAGAAGCUCGCACUUGGCUUCAUGAAGUCGCAAGGAAGCAAAGGACAGCUCAACAAGGAAUCACUGAAUGCUCUUGUCAAAGUGACUGACGACUUCUUCGAGCAGAUUGGCAUUGAUCUCGCAGCAUAUGCUCAGCAUGGUGGACGCAAAAUGAUUGAAGAGAGCGACGUGAUAGCGCUCAUGAAAAGCUCGCGAAUCAUGCUGAUGCUCUUCUACAGAACCCGCAAGACUACAAGUAAUAACACGAUAUUCUCACUGGCGCAGAAGAUGCUGCCGCGAGAGCUGCUCCAGCAGUUGCGUAUGGAACCUCCACAAAAGCUUCGCGGCCAGAAGCGGAAGAGGAUGAAUACUAUACAAGAAGAAGAUGAAGGCUGA